ACACUUUCCUAAUGCUACAGUCUUUCUUAACUAUACAAAAUCUUGGUAGAGAAAAUCAAUGUCAACAUCUUCUCACAUGGCCAUUUCAGUAGCAAACAAUUGUAUAUCAACUUUGUCCAUCUUUAUUAUUUUCCUUUUACUUCAAUUUCUGAGCAUAACAGAAGCUCAAUCAAGCAUUUGUAGAAAUUCGUGUGGCGAUAUCCCAAUUCAGUAUCCUUUUGGCAUUGAUGAUGGCUGUGGAAGUCCAUUUUAUCGACACAUUCUUGUAUGCACUGGUGGUCAGCUUCAACUUAGAACCCCUUCUGGUAGAUACCCUGUUAGAAAUUUAAGUUAUAUCGAUCCACAUAUUCUUGUGACCGACCCCUUAAUGUGGAAUUGUCUAGAUGGUGACAAUUUUCGACCUACCAGGCCUUUUAGUCUAGACACUAGCACACAUUUCACAUUGUCCUCUGAAAAUGACUACUUGUUCUUUAAUUGUAGUGAAAGUGAUGUGUUAGUUGAGCCAAAACCAAUGUUCUGCGAGCGUUUCCCUGAUCAGUGUGAUUCAACUUGUGAUAGUUCGAGUUAUCUUUGUAGGCACAUGCCUGAAUGUCCUACUGCUUUGAGGAGUAGCUCUUGUUGUUCUUACUAUCCCAAAGCUACUGAAUCUUUGAGGCUGAUGUUGAAGCAUUGUGCAAGCUAUACUAGUGUGUAUUGGAGGAAUCUUGGUUCAACCCCCGCAUUUGAUCAGGCUCCUGAGUAUGGGAUUAGAGUUGAUUUUGAUAUUCCAGUUACUACGCGAUGCCUGCAGUGUCAAGAUACUGUUAAGGGAGGAGGAACUUGUGGCUUUGAUAUAGAAACACAGGAUUUCUUGUGCCUGUGUGACAAAGGGAACAGUACCACUUACUGUAAUGAUCGUACGAGCUCUCACAGAAGAGGAGUCGUAGUAGGGACAGCAACUGCAGUUUCAGUUGCCGGGGCAUUUGGAAUAGGAGCUGGUGUAUGGUACUUGAAGAAACUCAGAGCAAAAGCACCGGUAACGCAUGGAGUUCAAACCAAUGAGAAUAGACUCUUCUGAGAUCUUCUUUUGAAGUAAACUAAAAAAUUGCUCUAUUUCUUCCUUCUUUUCCACUUUUCUUUACCAUUUUUCGACUUGUUUUCCCCCCUUCUAUCUUUUACUUUUUUAUAUAGCUUAGCUUAUUCUUGCACUUCAAUUGGUUCUGUUUGUAAGUUUAUGGAAUCAACUUUUUGUCUGAGCAUGUUUUGACAUUGCUUGUAUGUGGAGUAAGGAAUGUCUU